AGGUGUAUUGUUAUUAAAAUUAUAUAUUCAUAAUAGAAAACAUUUUCUAAUAUUUUAAUGAAAGUUAACAACGGCAUAAUGUCGGAUUGCGAGGAAUUUAAAACAAAUUUUACUGACCCUGAACAGGAAUUACAAUAUUGGAAAAAUCAGGCUCAUCAAUAUAAAAAGAUUGUAGGAGAAGUUCAAGAUGAAAUGGCAGAAUUUACAGAGUCAAGCAAGGAACUAGAAAAAGAACUUGAAGCCAUGAAUGAAAUGAAUGAAAAAGAAUUAAAAGAUAUGAGACAGAAAAAUAUGAAAUUAAAUCUUGAAUGUGAAUCAUUGAAAGAAAAACUAGAAAUGCACCAAGCAGAAAGUCAUCGCCAAAUAACUGACUUGGAAAGUGCACUUGCUAUGGAAACAGCAUUAAAAGCAGAAAAUAUUAAAUAUAUUCGAGAAUUAGAACAAGCCAACGAUGAUUUAGAAAGAACCAAAAGAGCAACUAUUGUAUCGUUAGAAGAUUUUGAACAACGGCUUAAUCAUGCACUGGAGCGGAACGCUUUUCUGGAAAGUGAAUUAGAUGAAAAAGAAGCAUUAGCUGUGACGGUUCAACGUUUGAGAGAUGAAGCAAGAGAUCUAAGCCAAGAACUCGCUGUAAGACAAAGAAAAGAUGUUCCAACAGAACACAAUGACACCAAAUUAAUUCAAAGCACACCGAGUAAGCCAUCAGCAUUACCAGCACUCGCACGUCAACCAAGUGGGUCCUCGCCAGCAAUUGCAAGAACAAAUACUAUUUCACAACCUUCAACACCAACAAGAGAACAGAAUGGAAUUCUACCUCAAAGUUCAACGCCUAAACCUGCUCCUCUAACUCCAUCUGCUCGUGUUUCAGCAUUAAAUAUCGUGGGUGAAUUACUGAGGAAAGUUGGUGCACUUGAAACAAAGCUUUCAUCUUGCCGAAAUUUUGUACGGGAAAGUCCGUCUUCACAGAAAGUGUCAAAAUCAAAUGUUUCUCAGCUUGAGUCUCCAGGUUGGGAACGCCAAGCAACAAGAAGCAAUGGUACUGCUGGGAUAUCGAACUCAAAGAAUGCAAUUACAACAUCAAUGAAAAUUAGUGUUUAAUAUAUUUCCAUCAUUCUUCUGCUAUAUUGCUUCAAAAUAACAACUAACAGCAAAAAUGGGCUGAAUGCCAAAAAUGCAAACAGAUCCAAAUAAAAUGCGAUACCUGGAGUGAAAAGUGUUAAGGUAGAUGUGUAAUAUGGCUGUUAGGUUGGUUUAACAAUGACAUCAUAUCAUCAAAGAGAGAACAAUAAAAAGUUAAAGAUUACGUAUUAUCUGUCAUAAAUGCUUUAUUCAGUCAUAUUUCCAUAAGUAAAGAAUUGUACUUUGUUUGCUUCAGUAUUUCACACAUGUAGGGUGCCUGUCAUUCACACAUGCAUUUGCUUGGUGUAUUGAGAAGUCUCUAUUUAGUUUGGCUAGUUAUUGUGGCAUCCUGGAUAUAUAUGGUACACCCUUGAAACAAUUAUUAUUUUAGACAAAAAGUGCUUUACUUAAUGUAUUGUUUGUUCAGUUGGUGAGACGGUAAGCGUUCAAUGUUCACAUUGGGUCGUCUUUUAAUAAAUCAAACAUUUUUUAAUUGCGCAACUCUGUGCAUCAUUGUUGCUUAUAUUGGUCAACAUAUUAUUCUGUAAAAUGCUUAUUGCAAUUAGCCGUCCUUUGCAACUACUUAUGUAUUUAUCAGUAUUGUUCUUUGAAUGCAAGUUUUUUGCAGGUGGUUCCAGUUUUACUUAUCAGAGUAUUUUUGUAUGUUAAGUAAUCACAAAGAACAAUAUCAUUCUAUGCUUAGCUUAUUCUGUUAUUUUAAGGUAUACUUUUUAUUUUAAGUUAUAUUUUUAUCUAUUUGACAUUGGUUUGUUUAUUAAAAUAUUAUUGGAUGUUGUAGUUUGUAUGCUGCACAAGUAACUUGCUCUUCAAUGUCUGGCCAAACCUGGAUAUUAGAUAGGGUGAGCCACUGAGACAACAUAGGAGUUUGCUUGCUGCUCAAACCUGGUUUAUGUUUGCUCCUGGUAACUACAUCAUAAAGCAAUAUUGAAUUAGGCCCAAAUCACUUUCUUUUUACCAUGUUUACAGUCGUCACAAAGUUUGUACAUGUCUAACUAAUAUUAUGUGCUCUGGAUGUUAUUAUGUUCAUUCUUAUCAGCUAUUGAUACUAUUUUGAAAUUUUAACAUACAAUGGGGAUAUGGGAUUCGGUUCAAUUUAUUGAUAAUCUUUCCCUUCAAAUGUGCAGGGUCUCUGAACAUUUUUGUCUGUCUGUAAAAGUGGGAAACACGAACCUCUGUUUCAAUUCUGUUAUAGAAUAUAGUAGUCAUCUAACAUAGUCUUAAUUUUCCAUGCACUGCUAUUAGGCCAUUUUAAAUAGGUCACAGACUCAUCGUACAUGAAGAUAUGUUAACUUAAAGUUAUUAUCAUACUUACUGUUUUUUUGCAAAUUACAACGUUUUAUUUUAAA